AUGUGCGAAACCUCCCUGAGUGGUUUGUUUAGAUCGACUCAAGAGUUCACAACGACUCGCUCGCCAGAAACACAGUCUCCGGCUACGACCUUGCUGCGGUUUAGCGUUUUGAGCAGGAGUGCGUUUCUGUUUUUAAAGAGAGCACAGCAAUCAAAUAAGGCUUCGUUCAGCAGGCUCUCCGUUGGCGAAUUUGACCUUACAUAUAUUUUCGUUGAGCAAAAGCUUUCGCCUGGUGGGCCUAGGGGCAAUUCAGAGAAUCUCAAGGUUAGAUAUUGGGGCCCAAGCUCACCUCAGUCUAACAACUGGGCAAGUAUCCCCCGGUCUCGGUAUUACUGAGUUAAAAUUUAAAAUAGACCACUCCCUCUAGGGACCGCGACUGUUGUUAUUUUCAAGCAUUUUCAUUUGAUCAAAUUUUUACAGGAUGAUUUUUUUUGUUUGAA